AUGGCGGACCCUCCGGUUCUCUCCGUUCCUCCGGGAACGGCGGAAAACGGCGCGGCGGUGCGGAUCCCGACCCCACCCCGGGGAGAAGCGGGGCCCGGGCCCCCCCCGCCUCCUCCCCCACCUCCGCCGCCUCCUCCCCCGCCUCGGGAAGCGGAAGUGGCGGUGGAGAUCGGGGAAACCUAUUUGUGCCGGAGGGCGGACGGCAGCUGGCGGACUGAGGGCAUCUGGGAGGGGACUGGGGUGACUGGGGGGCAACUGGGAGGGGACUGGGAAGGACUGGGGGGGCAACUGGGACCCACUGGGUUUUACUGGGACCCCCAGACCUACGCAGAGAUGGACCCGACCACGGCAGCGCUGGAGAAGGAGCACGAAGCGAUCACCAAAGUGAAAUACGUGGAUAAAAUCCACAUCGGGCACUUUGAGAUCGACGCCUGGUAUUUCUCCCCCUUCCCUGAGGAUUAUGGGAAGCAGCCCAAGCUGUGGAUCUGCGAGUAUUGCCUCAAGUACAUGAAGUACGAGCGCACCUACCGCCUCCACCUGGGUCAGUGCCAAUGGAGACAGCCGCCAGGACGCGAGAUCUACCGCAAGAGCAACAUCUCUGUGUAUGAGGUGGACGGCAAAGAUCACAAGAUCUACUGCCAGAACCUGUGCCUGCUGGCCAAGCUCUUCCUGGACCACAAGACGCUGUACUUCGACGUGGAGCCCUUCGUCUUCUACCUGCUGACCGAGGUGGACCGCCAGGGGGCGCACAUCGUGGGCUACUUCUCCAAGGUGAGCCCUGGGGGGGCGGCGGUGUCACCCCCGGGUUGUGUUGUUGUCACCCCGUUGUGUUGUUGUGGUGCUGUCAGCGUGUUGCGUUGCG